AUGGACGAAUUGCUGUCUUUGAAGGGAGUGGAUGAUAUGUUGAAAACUCCGCUGAGUUCUAGGUCACGAAGCAAGGGGCUGACCGACUGUAGUUUGAUUCCGCGUCCUUUUGUGAAUUGUAGGUAUUCUCUCACACCGAAAUAUGAUGUCAGCCAGAACUUCAAAUAUGCUGGGUUCUUCUCCCUUCCCAUACGCGAAUGCCACCUCUACCCGAUCUCGUUUCUUGGCGAUGGUGAAUGCACCACCUUCGUACCGAAGAACCAAACUGGGCGGCUGGUACCUGGUUGUUUGUGGGCGUGCAUGUCGUUGGACGAAGCGGGUCUUGAAUGGCUGAGUAAAGCACUAGCGCUGCACGCCGAGGGCGAUCCUGCCCCCGCGGUUGAAGGAACUCUAUGCUGUCAAUUGAUUUCGAACGACCAUUUGAUAGAAAAAAAGUAUUCACUGGUCAACAUUGAGGGAUUAUCGCCUUGUUCGGACCCAGUCAUUGGCUUCCACUUUGCAUUCGUCGAACCCCCUUGUGUCUAUGCGGUAAGCCAAGCAGCCCCAUCCGCCGUUGUACCCACCUUUGCUGACUUGAAGGAUGGAGAGUAUUGGGUCAUUCUCGAUGGGAAGCUCGACGUGGCACACCAUACUAACCCUGGGUUCUUGGAAACGCCAAAGAACGCCCACUUCAUAAACGAAGUGCCUUGGGAGUUUGCGUCGACUAGUUUCUUCACAAGUGGUUCCCACAUGCAAACGGAGUUUUCAGAUAUUGCGUUAAAUAUCCGACGCUCCCGUUUCGCAGACUUCGGACUUUUUUCGCCGCUGCCCUCUUACCGAGAGCUGGUGGACGAACUACACGAAGACCUUUCCAUGCAUUCCUGGGUCUUAGCUGACGAGCUGAACAGCGAUACGUUGCUAAUGAAGCUCAACUGCCUGGCUUUACUAUGUUCCCUCCGUCAGACUAAUGCAUGGUCUCCGAAUUUUCCGUGCGACGGUUUUUUGUCAGCUUUAGUCCCCUUCAUGGAAAUCGUGUCGGAGGAAAAGCCAAGAACGUUCAUCAACUGGACUCCGAUGUCAGGUGGAAACUGGCCAGUGAUACCAUGGACUGGAGGCCAGACUGGAACCAUUCGUCUACACGUGGGGUGUCGAACCUCGCCACCAAUAGGUUCACUCGUGGUGUUGCCUCGCGAGUUUUACGACGGAGAACGUACAUUCAGUAAGAACUUGGCAAUCUACCUGAGUAUGCUCGCCCCUUGGCCCAUGUUGGACAUCUUGGUCGAGUUGGCCACGACGGACGGUGUGACAUUCGUGAACAAGAAGGCCGUUUCGGCAUUUCGACCAUUCUUUGCUUUGUUUCACAUACCAGGAAGCCUUAACUAUGAUGUUUUUGUGGGCCGCCGAUCCACCGGACAUGUAAGUCGGACUGACUCCGUCGAUGUUGCCAUGCCUGUGUUCUCUGGACCACGAGGGACGGGGCGCUUACCCCCCAGAACACGGAUAAUCCCCGUCAGUGACGCGGAAAAUGCGGGGACCAGCCUGGUAGAUUUUGUUUUGUCCUGGGUCGAGGAGAUCAAUAUGUCGGACAUCUCAAUGGUCUGGAGUUGCCUAAAAGAUCAAGGCAUUUGGUCCGAGAACAGUGCUAUUCUAUCUGAUUUCUUCUCAUUUUUCGGAGUGCGCACAGGCUGCGCUCUCGUGACGGACAGCCCCGUUGUGAAUAGUCCAGACGCAAAGAUGCGGCAAGGCUUUUUUCGAGAUGAGGUCCGAGGUUUGCGAACGUUCGAUUGGUGCGGAUUCGAAGUGCCCAAGAUUAGGAGUGACCCAGCAACCGAAUACCCGUCGGUUUCUGACUUUAAUUACUGUAUGUAUCCCGUGAACCUCCCAUGCCUGUCUGGCGUCAUGAAGGGCGCUCGGCGGAUAAAGCAGAGCAAAAAGGUGAGUUCUGAGCAGUGUUCGGCGUCACCUUAUGGUGUCCAAUGGUACGACCCCGAGUACAUUUUGAGGGGCAUAGUCGGUCACCGCCUCCUGGCAGCAAGCGUACAGGCCGCGUUUUCUGUCUUCUCGCCGACCUACACGAACUCAAUGCGGACCGACAAUCUACCGAUGCACUGGAUAGAACUUGCUAAUUGGAUUUUUCGCCCUCAUGACCUGCGCGAACCGGUUUUGCACUGUCUGGUGAGCAGUAUGUUGGGGAGUUUGACCGGAGAGAGUUGCCUGGCAGCAACGACGUCGGGUUCGAUGUUGGGCAAUUCGCACCGCGGACCGAGAACGUCGGUCUCCCCGUUCUACAAUUGGGAUUACUCGAGCAACUUCCAGGAGCUGACGAUUGGCGCGUAUCCUGAUGCUUACUUCCAGCUGGCAUUUCUUCACGUCCCACUUGAGUACUCCAGCUUUUUCGACAGCAUUAACAUACAGAAGACGCACGCAUUGAAAGUUAGUGCAUGUGCGUUCUUCGCAUCAGCUCGUGAGAACGUGGGCCCCGCCUGGCUCAAGCAAAAAUCUCUGAAUAAUCUCCAACGUUGGGAGAAGACGGAAUCUGUCGAUGCAUUUAACACACGCCUCAUGUUCUUCCUUGGAGGGAACUGGGGCAUCCGUACAUUGGACGACGCCGAGUCCGUGAUACCCGGUUCUUUGCCAGAUAACAGUUGGGCAACCGUCCGACCCUUCUGCGACACAGGUAAACGUGCUUGGCCAGUUGCGGGUAUGCCAACAACGAUCCUGGUGAACACUGAGUGUUGGCCGCGGUUUGAUUCCUUCAAGAUGAAGCCUCUAAGCGUUCAAUUGCUGAGUACGUCGGACAGACUCUCACUUAACCGUGCGACGGUAAUCAUGAAUGGGAUGGAUGGUUUCGGGGCUCCAGCCUGGACGUUUGACUGA